GGAGCCUGAAGAGUCAGUAAGUGACAGAAAGAGGAGAUCUUACACCUACUGUCAUCCCAAGAUCUCUGUGUGCAAAGGCGGCGAUGCCAGCAGCACAGCAUGGAGGUCCCUGUGGACUGCUGGUAGAAGAUUAACUCAAGAUGUGACCCUUGUGUAAUGUUUUGUGCAUACAUGUACAGUCUAUGGUUUUUGGGAUUUUAGUUGUUUUAAUUUCCAGAUAGAGUUUCAAUAUACACAAAUAUAUCUCUCAUUAUAACACAAAACACAAGUUUAACAGUACCAAUUAUCAAAAAACACACCCACUCAAAUGAGCGGAAAACCAAUCAACAUCACUGGGAUAAUAUGUAAAAAUAUUUUAAAGGCGAACAAAUAUAUCUUUUAUCAGCUAAAGGCUAUUAUACAACGCUUAAAAACAAAAUUAUAGUUAUUGACAUUUUUUGAGGCAUGUCUACUGGCUAGAAUACUUGUAACUGGCAUACCUCCAACCCCACAUGGUGUCGGUGCGGCAAUGGUACCCAAUAAAUGUGCAGACAAAAUAGUGAGUGCAUGAGGAGUCAUUCAGUUUUUAUUUUACAGUGAUGUGUUGUGAAGUCUGGUUGAUAGAUCAGUAAAAAUAGACCCUCAGAAAGAAACUCGGAGCUCAUUCAGAGCAGAAACCCCACCCUAAAAAUUCAAGAUGCCACAUUUUUGCAUUUUUGAUGUGUCAGGACAGUGCUUCCUACGCACACUUCCUUAUUUGCCACUUUAUAAGACCAGACUCUACUCCACUCUCAUCACUCUCACAUCCUCAUUGGUGCUGGAAGAUCAAAACAACCGCCGAGAUGAUGACUAAGCCACUGCUCCUCCUGGUCGCUCUGACUCUCUGCUGCUGCAUGGCUUCUCUGCAUGCUCGUCAGGCAGGCAGGUGCCAAUGCGCACGGGCAAUCUCUGAUGUCAUUCCUGUCCGGGUCAUCAAGAAAAUUGAGGUGUUUCCUAUCACUGGAUACUGUCGCCGGAUUGAAGUCGUAAUCACCAGGAAGAACAACACUCGUGUUUGUGUCGACCCCAACGCAGAGUGGGUCAACAACCUGCUCAAGCGUUUGCAAAGUAAAAACCAGAACACAACUGCCAAGCCAUCCACUGCUGCCUCCACAACUAACUGAUCACAUUUUGUGGCACGUUUUGACAUAUCAGUGGCUUCACUUAAGUUCAUCAAACUGUGAAUGACUGCAGGAGAUGCUGUCCAGCUUUAAAAACUAUGCUUGUAAUCAAAUUUUAUACAAUUCAACAUCUUAAGUUGAAGUUUUCUUUGAUGCAUUGGGCUUUUUUUUAAGUUUUAGAUGUUGAUAAAAUGUGAAUAUUAGCGCAAUAAUGCUGUUUUAGUGCUUCCUCAUGUGCCUGAAGUACUGACUCUUGUUGUCAUAGACUUUAUCUGUGCUGUUUUAAGUAUGUGUUAUCAGGGAAUCCAUUAUUGCUGCAUGGAUACUCAGACUCUGAAAUAAAAAUGUUUUAAAUGUGUUUAUGUUGCCAUAUUAGUGUCAGAGCCCACAAAUCUAUACUGUGAAGUCAAUUCAAUUUUAAUGAGAACAAAUAGAAGAUGCUGUCCUGUAACUUUGACUCUGUAAUGUAAAUCAAAUGCCUCGAUUAUAUUUGGGAUAAUGCUGUAACCUUUGACAUGUUCAUGUUGAAUCCAUGACUUCUCGUGACGAAUAAAAAUCAUAG